UCGCCUUCCACCUCGGGGCUUUAAAAAGGGCUCCAUUUUGUGCCGGCCGCCCGGGAGUAGGUGGUGGCGGCGGGAUAUCGAUCGGUGUUCUCCGCCCUGUUGAAGGGAAAGAAGUUAAGGCGGGCAAAGAAAAAAAAGUGCUAUUUCCACGUAGCCUUUUAACAGGGGGGAGGCGCCUCAGCCGUGAAAGACUGAAGCGAAAAGUGGACGCCGUUUAUUCCUCCACACCGCCCAGCAGCCGCAGUAGCCGCUGGACGGCAGACGGCGGCGCUGGAGAGAGGAGGUGAGAGGCGCUGCCGCGGCGUGAAGAGAAUGAAGCAAGGAGGAGCCGCCGCUGCCUCCACCGCUGGCCAUGGAGCGGCGGAAGCAGCAGCGGCGGCGGUUUCAUCAGACGCCGCCUGUGGGCUGGAGCCGGCGAGCUGCGAGGCGGCGGAGAAAGUAGUCCACUCUCGUUCACAGGUGCUGUUUUCGGGCGGCGGCACCAAAGCGCUGGGCGACGCCUUCAAGCUGCUGGUGCCCAAGUCGACGGAGUUCAUGAGCUCGGACGCCGAGCUGUGGAACUUCCUGUGCAGCCUCAAGCACCAGUUCUCGCCCGUCAUCCUCCGCAGCAAGGACGUCUACGGCUACGCCUCUUGCCGGGCGGUGGUGCCGGACAUACCCCGAGGGGCGGCGGCGGGCAGAAAGUGCCGGCCGUGGAGGAGGGCCGCCGCCAGGGGGAGGCGCCUGCGAGUCUCUGCAGCCGCUCGAGGAGGAACUAGCGGCGGCGGCGCCAAGAGGGCGGGGAAGAAGCGCUGCUCAGAAGGGGCGGCCGUGGCUGCCUCUCCUGAGGCGGCCGAAGUUCCCGACCCCGAGGGGCUGGGAGACGCUCAGCAGCCCCGGCCACCAUCGCCUCUCUCCGCUUCCCCGUGGGCGCCUCCCCAGGGCAGAUCCCUCGAGGAGAUCUGGAGGGCGGCCACCCCUCGCCUCACCACCUUCCCCACCAUCAAGGUCCGAGGGAGCGUGUGGAACCGGCGCAGCCUGGAGGCCAACCGGCGCAAGGCGCAGCGCAUCCUGCGAGUUGAUCUGUCCCCUGUGGUGAGGUUGCAUCGCUUCCCGCUGGCCAGGUGCUGAGAGAGAGGAGAGUUUCCCGCGAAGGAGCCACGAAUACAUCAGCCUAUUUCCACCACGGUUUAUGGCGGGGGGCGGGGUGGAGAACCGAGGCUUGGACAACUUUCUCCUUUGGUGUGGAAGCAAAGAGGCACAUUUCUGCCCCCUGUUUACAAAUGUUUUGGACUGGAUCUGGUCCUCCUUAAUCCAGUUAACUGCACUUUAAGACUGAGAUGGAAGGAAGUUCUCUGUUCUUUACACUUGGAUUGACAACUGUUCCUCAGCUGGUUUCCCUGCCGCCUUGAUGUGCAAGUUUGUGAUCCCACAGUAAACACUGAUAUCUUAACCUAGGUUGGGGAGCUACUUGGCAUGAAGAGAUUUUUCCUUGUCUCCACCCCUUCCCCUUGGACUACCUCGCUUAUCUGGAAUUCUGAGAAAGAUAACAUUUGUUUUCUCUUUCAAAAGAACCUUCUGGCCUGCUAACACAAUAAAUGCCAAUUGAGCUCUUUCCCCCCUUAAAAGAUGUAGCUAGUUAACUAUGAUGUAUGACUGUUAUGUGCUACUGCAUUGUGCUCAGGGUUGCUUGAAUGCCAAGUGUUUCAGAUGACAGACUGAAGCUUUGACCAAGGAUGCUCCAGGAAUAAAGACUUCGAUUCCAUGGCCUAUUUGAUGGUGCAAAAUGUUUAACUCCUGGGGUUUUUUUGGGGGGGGGGGGUUGGGGUUUGUAAGAGUUGGUCUUGACAAAUUUUCAAUAUAAUAGUAAAAAAUUUUCUAUGUAAAAGUUUUAUAGAUCAACUGAACUGAUAUUUCUGUUACAGCUUCUUAAUAUACUUGUAUUGGAUACAUCAUUUUUAUAUAACUUGCUUUGAAGAGGUUGCCAACUUAAGUGAAAAUUAAUAAACAUUAAAGAUUAAGUA